AUGAUCCCUCCCCAGUUCGCUCUCCUCUUUGCCGCCAUCACAGGCUUCUCCAUCUUCUUUGCAGGUUCCAAAGUCAUGGCGAAAAAGUACGCCUACUCUCUACCCAUCCUGGGCGACUUUGACCAUGCCACCAACUUCCAGGACCCGCAAGUGGCGGGUGCCUUUGGCAUCGGCCUCAUCCUCAGCUUGAUCUUCCUCGGCUGGGCAUUCUCCAGUGGCAAGCCACGGACAUCAUUGACCAACGAGUGGCAAAAGUUCAACCUCAUGGAGAGGAAGAGGAUCUCCUCCAACACCUCACUCUACCGCUUCCGCCUCCCCGGCACCAAUGCCAUCCUCGGUCUGCCCAUUGGCCAGCACAUCUCCAUCCAGGCCGAAAUCGACGGCAAGCAGGUGCAGCGCUCCUACACGCCCACCUCUUCCGACGACGACCGUGGGUUCUUCGACCUGAUCAUCAAGACUUACCCUCAGGGCAACAUCUCAAAGCACGUAGAGGGCCUGCGCAUCGGCGAGCAGAUCCAAGUCAAGGGACCCAAGGGUCAGAUGAAGUACAGCCCUGGUCUGGCUCGCGAGCUGGGCAUGAUUGCCGGUGGAACCGGAUUUACUCCUUGCCUGCAAAUCAUCCGAGCUGUGCUGAAGAACCCCUCGGACAAGACGAAGAUCAGCUUCAUCUACUGCAACGUCACCGAGGGAGACAUUCUCCUCAAGGACGAGCUCGACACUCUUGCCCGGGACAACCCAGACCGGUUCACUGUUACGUACUUCCUGAAUGAGCCACCUCCAGCCUGGAAGGGUAUGACGGGAUUCAUUACAAAGGACGCCAUCAAGGAGCACCUCCCUGCUCCUGCGGGGGACAUCAAGAUUCUCAUGUGCGGACCACCCCCGAUGAUCAAUGCUUGCAAGAAGCACCUGGACGAGCUGGGCUAUGAAAAGCCCAGGACUGUCAGCAAGAUGGAGGACCAGGUCUUCUCCUUCUAA